UACUCUUUUUUUUCAAAAAGAUGAUAUAAUAAUCCAAAUAUUAAAUUGUCAACACAAAUGAAAUAUUUUACGUGUUUAUGUAUAACAACACUACUGAUGGAUUAUUAUUGAAAAGAAAUGUUGCCAAAUGUAAAACAUGUUAUUUUAGUUAUGUCAGGAAAAGGCGGAGUUGGUAAAUCUACUGUUAGUACUCAGUUAGGCUUGGGACUUGUAUCCAAAGGUUUUAGAGUAGGUAUAUUAGAUGUUGAUUUAUGUGGUCCUUCAAUACCAUAUUUAUUGAAAUUAGAAAACCAAGAAGUUCAUCAGUGUGAAUCUGGUUGGGUACCAGUAUAUACAAAUGAAUCUAAGUGUUUAGGAGUCUUAUCUAUUGGAUUUUUAACUAAAUCUAGAAAUGAUAGUAUUGUUUGGCGUGGACCUAAAAAAACAGCAUUUAUUAAACAGCUCUUAUCAGAUGUGUAUUGGGAAGAUGUUGAUUAUUUAAUCAUUGAUACACCACCAGGUACUUCAGAUGAACACAUUACUGUUAUGGAAAAUAUCAAAGAUGUUUCAUGCGAUGGUGCAAUCUUGGUAACAACACCUCAACAAAUUGCCCUGGAUGAUGUACGAAAAGAGUUGACCUUUUGCCGUAAGACAAAUAUUCCUAUUAUAGGAGUCAUAGAAAAUAUGAGUGGCUAUGUUUGUCCAAACUGCUCAGAAUGUACAAAUUUGUUUUCAUCACAUGGUGGUAAGUCAUUAGCUGAAUAUUUUCAAGUGCCAUUCUUAGGAACUAUACCAAUUGAUCCCAGAGUAUCAGAGGAAACAUCAAGAUAUGUUGGUUUAGUUUAUCCAGAAUCACCAAUGGCAAUAUCAUAUAAUGACAUUGUUAGUCUAAUAACAACAAAUCCAAAUUGAUAAACCUAAACAUAUUAUUUUGUACAAUGUUUUUAUUUUAUUAUUAUGCAUUAAUACAACAGUUAACAUUUCA